AUGCAGCUCGCCCAGCUGGCCGCUUUCGCCAUGACCCUGGCCACUUCCGAGGCCGCCUACCAGGGUUUCAACUACGGCAACAAGUUCUCCGAUGAGAGCUCCAAGUUCCAGGCCGACUUCGAGGCCGAGUUCAAGGCCGCCAAGAACCUCAAGACCACCUCCGGCUUCACCUCCGCCCGUCUCUACACCAUGAUCCAAGCCUACUCCACCAGCGAUGUCAUCGAGGCCAUCCCCGCCGCCAUUGCCCAGGAUACUUCCCUUCUGCUCGGUCUCUGGGCCUCCGGUGGUGGCAUGGACAACGAAAUCACCGCCCUGAAGACCGCCAUCUCCCAGUACGGUGAGGAGCUCGGCAAGCUCGUCGUCGGUAUCUCCGUCGGCAGUGAGGAUCUCUACCGUAACUCCGUCGAGGGUGUCGAGGCCGAUGCCGGUGUCGGUGUCAACCCCGACGAGCUUGUCGCCUACAUCAAGGAGGUCCGCUCCGUCAUCUCCGGUACUGCCCUCGCCGACGUCUCCAUCGGUCACGUCGACACCUGGGACUCCUGGACCAACAGCUCCAACUCUGCCGUCGUCGAGGCCGUCGACUGGCUGGGCUUUGACGGCUACCCCUUCUUCCAGAGCAGCAUGGCCAACUCCAUUGACAACGCCAAGUCCCUCUUCGAGGAGUCCGUCGAGAAGACCAAGGCUGUCGCCGGUGACAAGGAGGUCUGGAUCACUGAGACUGGUUGGCCCGUCAGCGGUGACUCCGAGGGUGAUGCUGUCGCCAACAUCGCCAAUGCUAAGAAGUUCUGGGACGAGGUCGGCUGCCCUCUCUUCGGUAACGUCAACACCUGGUGGUACAUCCUGCAGGAUGCCUCCCCCACCACCCCCAACCCCAGCUUCGGUAUCGUCGGCAGCGAGCUCUCCACCACUCCCCUGUUCGACCUGUCCUGCAAGAACUCCACCACCACCUCCUCCUCGUCCGCCGUUGUCUCUGCUGCUGCCUCUUCCGCCGCCGGUAGCAAGGCUGUCGGUUCCUCCUCCGGUGCCCAGGCCUCUGCCACCCCCAGCUUCACCGUUGGCCGCCCUGGCGUGAACGGCACCGUCUUCGGUAACGGCACCUACCCCCUCCGCCCCAGCGGUUCCGCCUCUGCUCGUCCCUCUGCCGGUGCCAUCUCCAGCGGCUCUGGCUCCGGCUCCAGCGGCUCUGGCUCCGGCUCCAGCGGUUCGGGCAGCUCUGGUAGCACCGGCACCUCGGCCACCUCCGGCCAGUCCUCCACCUCCGGCUCUGCGGCCGCUGGCUCUUCCUCCCCCGCUGCCUUCAGCGGUGCCAGCACCCUCUCCGGCUCCCUCUUCGGUGCCGUUGUGGCCGUCUUCAUGACCCUGGCUGCUUUGUAA